AUGGAAGUCCCUCGAACAUCCCCACAGCCCACACCAAAGCAAAACAAGUUAUCUCCUAUUUAUAACUUAGUCUUACCAAAGCAACCCUUAACUCCCGAUUCCCUUCUGUACGCCACAAAGCUCAGAACUCGAGAGCAACCCAUUCGCAGCCAUUCUCGAAAAACGAACCCAAUGGUAUGGUGCGUGGCCAUCCUCUGCAUGCUCUUCAUCAUCCUCGUCAUCUUCUUCGGCAUCGCCACUCUAAUUAUCUUCAUCACCUUACAACCCAAAACUCCCUCAUUCGACACACCGGCAGCAACCCUUUCAGCCAUUUAUUUCAACCCGCCCGGUUUCAUUAACGGCGACUGCACAUUCAUGGCAAAUAUUUCCAACCCAAACAGAAGAUUGACCGUUAGGUACGAGCACGCGCGUUUUGAGCUCUACUUUAUGGAAACUCUAAUGGCGGCCCAGAUUAUAGAGCCCUUCAGGGAAAGUCCCGGUGAAAAACGGGUGGUUCCUGUACACAUGCUGUCUAGACAAGUUCUUCUUCAGCCAAAUCUGGCUAUGGAGCUACAGAGGCAGGGGCAGAGGAAUAGUGUUGUGUAUAAUGUGAGAGGGGCUUUUAGAGUGAGGGUCGAGUGGGGUUUACUUCAUUAUUCUUACUGGCUGCAUGGGGCGUGCCAUUUGGAAAUGACGGGCCCACCGAACAGUGUACUUUUAUCACACAGCUGCACGAAAAAGAGAUAA